AUGGCUCUCGCUGUUACUUCUUCGUCUUCAGCAGCGGCAAAUUCGACUUCCUUGUUCUCGCGAAUCGGAUCUUCAUCAGAUACCAAAGUUUUGCAAAUUGGUUCGUUAAGGAUUUCAGAGAGAGCUCAUGUUUCGUCUGGUGUUUUUAAUUUACCUUCAAGACGUUCCUCGGUGAGACCUGUUAAUGCUGAAUCUCAAAGAAACGGUUCCGUUGUUCCUCUUGCAGCAACUAUCGUUGCUCCUGAGAUUCUUGAGAAGGAAGAGGAGGAUUUUGAACAAUUAGCGAAGAACCUUGAAAAUGCUUCCCCUCUUGAAAUAAUGGACAAGGCUCUUGAGAAAUUCGGAAACGAUAUUGCUAUUGCUUUCAGUGGUGCCGAAGAUGUUGCUUUAAUCGAGUAUGCACAUUUGACGGGUAGGCCAUACCGGGUGUUCAGUCUUGACACUGGGAGACUGAAUCCAGAAACAUACAGACUCUUUGAUGCUGUUGAGAAGCGCUAUGGAAUUCACAUUGAAUACAUGUUCCCUGAUGCUGUUGAGGUUCAGGGAUUAGUGCGAACAAAGGGGCUCUUUUCAUUUUAUGAGGAUGGGCAUCAAGAGUGCUGCAGAAUCAGGAAGGUGAGACCUUUAAGAAGAGCUCUUAAGGGUCUCAGAGCAUGGAUUACUGGACAGAGAAAAGACCAGUCACCUGGUACUAGGUCUGAAAUACCUGUUGUUCAGGUUGAUCCAGUUUUUGAGGGAUUGGAUGGUGGCAGUGGCAGCCUGGUAAAGUGGAACCCGGUUGCUAAUGUGAAUGGCAUUGACAUAUGGACCUUCCUAAGAACAAUGGAUGUGCCUGUUAAUUCAUUGCAUUCUCAAGGAUAUGUUUCCAUUGGUUGUGAGCCAUGCACAAGACCAGUUUUGCCUGGACAGCAUGAAAGAGAGGGAAGAUGGUGGUGGGAGGAUGCCAAAGCAAAGGAGUGUGGUCUUCACAAAGGUAAUUUGAAACAGGAUGAUGCUGCCCAGAAUAAUGGUAAUGGAAAUGGUGUGGCCCAUGAAAAUGGCUCUGCCACAGUUGCCGACAUUUUCAACUCUGAGAAUGUGGUAAGCUUGAGCAGGGCUGGAAUUGAGAAUCUGGCCAAAUUGCAGGACAGAAAAGAACCCUGGAUCGUUGUGCUCUAUGCACCAUGGUGCCGGUUCUGUCAGGCUAUGGAAGAAUCAUAUGUGGAUUUAGCGGAGAAUUUAGCAGGGUCAGGAGUGAAGGUUGGAAAAUUUAGAGCAGAUGGCGAUGAAAAAGAAUAUGCAAAGAGUGAACUAGGGUUGGGAAGCUUCCCCACAAUCCUCUUCUUCCCCAAACACUCAUCUCGGCCAAUUAAGUAUCCUUCAGAAAAGAGAGACGUUGAAUCUUUAACAGCAUUUGUGAAUGCCUUAAGGUGA